UUUAUUUUUUGCUUUGCAGGGAUAAUGGCCCAAGCAGCAACGCCAGCGUUGUCCGUCCAUGAUGAAGACUCCUCUGAAAGUAGAAUGGUGGUUACAUUCCUCAUGUCAGCCCUUGAGUCAAUGUGUAAAGAACUUGCCAAGUCAAAGGCAGAAGUCGCUUGUAUUGCUGUGUAUGAAACAGAUGUGUUUGUAGUUGGAACUGAGAGGGGAAGAGCUUUUGUCAAUACACGGAAAGAUUUUCAGAAGGAUUUUGUUAAAUACUGUGUUAAUGAAGAGGAAAAGGCUGCUGAACUGCAGAAAACAAAGUCUACAUCACUCGUAAACAGGCUGACAGUAGAUAUUGUAGAAAUGGAAGCUCUCCGAAAGUCUGUAGAGGAUUUUUUCUGUUUUUGUUAUGGUAAAGCUUUAGGGAAGUCAACAGUAGUCCCUGUGCCGUAUGACAAGAUUCAAAGGGACCAGUCUGCAGUGGCAGUGCAAGGUCUCCCGGAAGGACUUGCAUUUAAACAUCCAGCAAAUUAUGAUGUGACAACAUUGAAAUGGAUUUUGGAAAACAAAUCGGGGAUCUCAUUCGUGAUCAAAAGGCCUUUCCUAGAGCCAAAGAAACACCUAGGAGCACACGUGACUGUUACAGAUUCUGCGUGCACAAUUACACCACCCAGUGGAAGUUGUCCUCCUGUCCAAGUAAAAACAGAACCAAAUGAGGAUUCUGGAAUUUCACUUGAGAUGGUAACCGUAAAGGAGGAAUCGGAAGAUCCUGACUACUAUCAGUAUAAUAUUCCAGCAGGCCCUUCAGAAACUUCAGAAAUUGAUGAAAAAAUUGCUCUUGCGAAGUCUUAUACAGGAAGCCACCAGGGUUCCGAUUGCAGUGAAGGAACAGAUGUGGAAAUACCGGUAGAAGAUUCUUCUCAGCAUGCCGCUUCGGAAACCAGUGAGGACCCUGAAGUUGAAGUCACCAUUGAAGAUGAUGAGGACUACUUACCACCUAACAAGAGACCGAAGAACACAGAGUCUACAAAUGAGGCUGCCAAUGCUGGGAGAAGAAAAGUGAGAGAAUUCAAUUUUGAGAAAUGGAAUGCCCGAAUUACAGACUUGAGAAAGCAAGUUGAAGAAUUAUUUGAAAAGAAAUAUGCUCAAGCUAUAAAAGCGAAAGGUCCAGUAUCUAUCCCGUACCCGCUUUUCCAGUCACACGUAGAAGACUUGUAUGUGGAAGGACUUCCAGAAGGAAUUCCGUUCAGAAGGCCAUCUACCUAUGGGAUCCCACGCCUGGAGAGGAUACUACUAGCCAAGGAACGGAUACGCUUUGUGAUUAAGAAACAUGAACUUUUGAAUUCAACACGAGAAGAUGCACCGCUGGAUAAACCAGCUGCAGGAGUGAAAGAAGAGUGGUAUGCCCGAAUCACCAAAUUAAGAAAGAUGGUAGAUCAGCUUUUCUGCAAAAAAUUUGCUGAAGCCCUAGGGAGCACGGAGCCGAAAGCUGUCCCAUAUCAGAAAUUUGAGGCACACCCCAGUGAUCUCUAUGUGGAGGGUCUGCCAGAGAACAUUCCAUUUAGGAGUCCAUCCUGGUAUGGAAUCCCUCGGCUGGAAAAGAUUAUUCAAGUGGGCAACAGAAUAAAAUUUGUAAUCAAAAGGCCAGAACUACUAACUCUCAGUCCAACAGAAGUCACUCAACCAAGAUCCAAUACUCCAGUCAAAGAAGAUUGGAAUGUCAGAAUCACAAAACUAAGGAAGCAAGUGGAAGAGAUAUUUAAUCUGAAAUUUGCCCAAGCAUUGGGGCUUUCUGAAGCAGUGAAGGUUCCGUACCCUGUAUUUGAAUCAAACCCUGAGUACUUGUAUGUGGAAGGCUUGCCUGAAGGAAUCCCCUUCCGGAGUCCUACAUGGUUUGGAAUUCCACGACUUGAAAGAAUUGUCCGUGGCAGUGGCAAAAUCAAAUUUAUUGUUAAAAAGCCAGAGCUUGUUACUUCUUAUUUGCCUGCUGGAUUGGCUAGCAAAGUUAACACUAAAGCACUGAGUCCAAAGAGUUCAAAGAGAGCAAGAAGUCCUGCAAGCAAUUCAAAGGUCCCAGAGAUUGAGGUGACUGUUGAAGAAGGUCCUAAUAAACCGCAAACAACAGAUGUUCGAACUAAUUCUCAAACCAAUGGGUCCAAUAUGGGCUUCAAGCCACGAGGAAGAGAAUUUUCUUUUGAGGCUUGGAAUGCCAAAAUUACUGACCUGAAACAAAAAGUUGAAAAUCUUUUUAAUGAAAAAUGUGGGGAAGCUCUGGGGCUUAAAGAUCCUGUCAAGGUCCCGUUUGCAUUAUUUGAAUCCUACCCAGAGGAUUUCUAUGUGGAAGGACUGCCAGAGGGAGUGCCAUUCCGCCGACCAUCCACUUUUGGCAUUCCAAGACUGGAGAAGAUCCUGCGAAACAAAUCUAAGAUAAAAUUUAUCAUAAAAAAGCCUGAGAUGUUCGAGGCGGCGAUUAAAGAAAGUUCUGCUAAAAGUCCCCAGAGAAAAACCAGUUCAUCCAAUACAUCAAAUACACCAAGCACCACAACAAAACCAGUGGUGAACACAGCUGCAGGUGUUGAAGAUCUUAACAUCAUUCAAGUGACUAUACCAGAUGAUGAAAAUGAAAGAUUAUCCAAAGUAGAAAAGGCUCGACAGCUGAGAGAACAAGUAAAUGACCUCUUCAGCCGGAAGUUUGGUGAAGCAAUUGGUAUGGGUUUCCCUGUGAAAGUCCCAUACAGAAAAAUCACCAUAAAUCCUGGGUGCGUGGUGGUGGAUGGAAUGCCUCCUGGAGUGGCAUUUAAAGCUCCCAGUUAUCUAGAAAUCAGCUCCAUGAGGAGGAUUUUGGAAUCAGCAGAGUUUAUCAAAUUUACUGUCAUUCGCCCAUUUCCAGGACUUGUGAUUAACAACCAGUUAAUGGAGAAAACUGAAUCAGAAACACCAGCUGCGGCACCAACACCAGCUGCGGCACCGGCGCCAGUAGUAAAAGAGCCCGCUGAACCAAGCCAAAUAGAAGUAUCUGUAGAAGAUGUAGCAGAAACAGAAGAAAGUUCUGAAAUAAAACAGGAGCCGGACCCAACGUGGUAGACCUUAUCAAUAUUAGGUCAGAAGCAUGCAGUCCGGAGAAGAGCUUGCUGGGACUGUCCUGAACUGUGUAAUAUAAUUGUAUAAGAGAAGUACCUUCUAUACAAACCCUUUUUGUACUUUUAGAUAGAAAUGUCUACUUUUUCAGCAGUUCUGUGAAUUGACUUAAAGCAAAGAGUGACUGUAGAUUUGGAAAGGCUGAUUAUAUAUUAUAAGGAUUAAAUUUGAGGCAGCAAUGCUGAAAAAAUGACAGGGAUUAAUUCAGAUUUUCAAAAAAUCAACAGGAAUCUAGAAGCUGUCUACAUUUCCCAAUAAAGUAGAAUUGUACUGUGCCUGGAUACAUCUCAGCUUUUGCGAUGAAGAAAAAUACCUACAGUAGUAGUUCAGUUAAUUUUCUGUUUUGGGAAAAAAUAAUGAUUUUUGGUUCUUUCUCCUUAAUGGCUGAUUGGACAAUAGUAUCUGUAUAUUUGAACUAAUUUUUCCUAUGAUAUCUAUCUCAAUUCAUAUGUUUUUCAUAAAUAAAAGAUGAACUCGUUCACCUGACCGUUAGUAUGCAUUAAUAAAAUGGACUAUGAAAUGAUCAGCAA